GACGCGUCUCUGGCGUCAUGACGGGCGGAAGUGAUGCAGACGGUGUUUUCCUCCAUCGGCUAAUCCGUUUUGAUGAUGCGAAAUGUCUGGAAACCUGGCCAGCGAAAACCUACAUGGAGAUGCUUGUUUGAGACUCACUUUGCGUGAUUUUUAAUAAAACAUUAUUUAUUUUUUUUAAUUGUUCGUGCGGAGAUGGAUCCGACCAGGAGGAGCGAGAGUGACUGGCAGGGGCUGCUCAACGAGUUUGUAAUAUGUAAGCGUAAGUUGGAGAGUAAGAAAGAAGCUCUGCUGAUUCUGUCCAAAGAGCUGGACACCUGCCAGCAGGAGAGAGAUCAGUACAAACUGAUGGCCAACCAGCUCCGAGAGCGACACCAAGGACUCAAGAAGAAGUACAGAGAACUCAUUGAUGGAGAUCCCUCGCUGCCUCCCGAGAAAAGGAAUCAGGUGAAUUUAGCUCAGCUGCUGAGAGACUCCAGAGAGAAAAGCAGUCAACUUUCUGAGGAGGUGAGGGAGCUGAAACAGCGACUGGCAGAAGCUCAGGGUGAUAACAAGCUUCUACGAAUGACCAUCACCAAACAGAGGCUGGGAGACGAGGAGGUCGGCGCUCGACACUUUCCUGCACACGAGCGGGAGGAUCUGGUCAAACAGUUGGAGAGAGCUCGGGAGCAGAACGAGGUUCUGGAGCACAGCGUGAAGUCGCUCACAGACGAGCUGCAGGACGUUCGGGCAGAGCGAGACGUGUUCCAGCAGAAGGCUCAUCGCCUCAACGUGGAGAUGAACCACAUCGUGGGCAACGAUGAGACACGGGUAUUAGACAUCGACGCUCUCUGCAUGGAGAACAGGUAUUUGCAUCAGCGGUUCAGUCAGCUGCAAGAAGAAAUCAACCUACUCAAGACGAAUCUCAUGAAGUACAAGAGCGCCCUGGAGUGCAGGAAAAACUCUAAAAUCGGAGGGAAAGCCAACAGUAGUGCACUGACUGGUGUGCUCUCCGCUAAACAAGUGAAGGAGCUGCUGCUGUCUGAAGAAAACGGCUGCAGUCUGCCGGUGACUCCUCAGUCCAUCUCGGACCUCAAGUCUCUCGCCACAGCUCUGCUGGAAACCAUCCACGAGAAGAACAUGGUGAUUCAGCACCAACGCCAGAUCAACAAGAUUCUGGGAACUCGAGUAGCAGAGCUGGAGAAGAAAUUAAAAACAUUAGAAAUGUCCGGAUUAUGGAGCCUGCCAGGCCUGACUUAUAAUGUGUCUUUGGGAAUAUAUGGAAGGGGAAAAGACAGCAUCAUCCUGAAUCCUCAGCUGGAGGAGUCAACACCAUCACCGGGACAAGAAGGUGAAUAUUCAAAAGGUGGCGAAGGGACUGAAAAAGUAGCUGUCGAUCAGCAGAGCUCCACAGAAGUCCCAAACCAAGAGACCGGACCGGCAGCUGUGUCAGGUGGCGGAGAGGAACUGAGCGAGGAGGAGCCGUCACCGUCCAGUGAGGGGACGUGCCAGCAGAGCUCCUCGUACCCGUCAGCUGAGGAAGAGCCGGAGACGCCAGACAGCGAAGUGUGCAACGACAGCGAUCGAUCACAGGUCAUGAUCGGUUCAACGGCUUUAACGAGUCACCAGUUGAAAGAAGAGGAGUGUCUGAGCGAUUGUCCUCCCCCAGCGCCCGACGUGAGCACACAACAACUGUCAGACCUCAGCCACUUACAGGAAACUUUAGAGAACUCAGGGGGAGGAGAGGGUGAGUCAGACAAAUGCACUGAUGGGGGGGAAACUGUCGAGAGGGAGUAUGUUAUUACAGAGGAAGAUACUGAUAUCACUGCUGCUGCUGCUGCUGCUGCUGCUGCUGCCGUGAGUUCUCCUGAAGAGCAAGAGGACGUCCAGUCACACCAGGAGACAGAGCUUUCGGAGGAGACAGAAUAAAGGGAUGAACGACACAUUUACAAUAUGAUGCCACUUUAUUCGUUUUAGGUAUAAUGAAAAUUAUCUGGAGAAAUGGACACUACUUUACACAAUAAUGUACUGUAAAUCCAGCAAAUAUGAAAACCAGUCAUUGGGACAGUUUAUUUAUGCUUUAGUGGGAUUAUUCUCAUUAAUCAAGCAUGUUAAAGUAGGAAGAAUGACUCGUAACAUGCCUAAAAAAAUCUUAGUGUUAACCGACUGAUAACUGGGUUUCUAACUUGUGCCCUCACUUUUUAAGAGCUUCGUGUAGAUUAACCUGUUAUCGGAUAAACGGCCCAAAGUGUGUGGACACCAGAACAUAGCACAAUGUAAAAUAAUGUGAUUGUUCAACAUGAAUAUGCUGCUACAACAGCCGGCUCUCUGCUGGGAUUGUUCAUACACAAAAAAAUGGUAAGAAGUCAGACGUCUGUGCAGGUCAGUCAAGUUCUUCCAAACCAGACUGGUAAACAUUUCCUUCACUGUCAUGUUAAAAACAGGAGAGGGUCAAACACAAACCGCUGGACACCAAACACUGUGGAUGUGUAAGAGGUGUAGACACGGUGGUUUACAUUGAUUUAAAAGUAGCAGAAAAGGGCUUUGGACUGUAGCUGAUGUGGCUGUGGUGAUUAGGUUUUUCUUCCUGUCAGUCUUCGAUCUUUUCCCACAACCUAACAGUGAAGGAGAAUGUGAUAAGCGUUAUAUUUCUGCUGUUGACUCUUGAGAAAGACACUCCUUCCAGCUCUGUUUCAUACAGAAAUGAAUUCAAGAUUAAGAAGGACAAAGUGCAGUUGAUGCCGGCAGAAACAUUGUCCUUUAUCUUUCUACCUCUGUCCACACCCCCCCCUUUGACUUUAAAGAAACCUACCAACCAUACUGUAUUGAUCACUACAUCAACAAAUAGACAUUCAGUUGUUGUAAAUAUCCUCUAAGGUAAGCAGCAGCUUUAUAGUGCCAACUUUUCCAAACAGCUUCUUUUAUGCAUGGUAAAUUUACCCAUCCUGCUUUUGUUUGCCAGAAGAUUUUGUCCAGGAGCUGCUGUCAUUUAGUUUAAGACUACACAACCUGUUGAGAGUUUUUUUUAUUUUCAAUCACAACAACACAAUAUUACAAAAAAUGUAUAAUAUGCUGCAUGACGAUUGUACUGAUCAUUGAUCACUGAGAAAUUAUUGCGUUUAUUCCAUGCUUUUAUUUCAUUUUUUGACAGGCGGACAAACAUUUGGCACUUUACAAGAAUUUGUCAGUUGAACCAAAAGAUCUUAGUUAAGAAUACAUCUACAGCUCCAGCUAUUAGUCUGUCACACAACAAGGCCACAGCCUCUAGAUUUACCAGCACUGAUGUGUGUUUGUGGUGAAAAAUAUUAUCUGCUCACCAGAUAGAAAUGACAUAGAGCCAUGUGUGUUUCUGUGUUCAGUGUGUAAAAAAUGUAUUUAUUUCUGCAAAAUAAAUAAUUUUCAACUA